CCGGAUCCAUUGAGAUAUUGCUGAUCAUUGCGCAGCAGGGUCAGCAUUUUGCUCCAGUCCGUUAUCUCUGGUUGAGUUGAACAGGAGAGCCGAGCAUGCCUGGACUUCUGCUGGGAGACGAAAUCCCAAAUUUCGAGGCCGACACCACCGUCGGCAGGAUCAAGUUCCACGACUUCCUGGGCAACUCAUGGGGUAUCCUGUUCUCCCACCCGAGGGACUUCACUCCUGUAUGCACCACUGAGCUCGCCUGUGCUGCCAACAUCAGCAAUGAGUUCAAGAAACGAGGCGUUAAGAUGAUUGCCUUGUCCAUUGACAGUGUUGCUGAUCACAACAGCUGGAGCAAGGAUGUGAUGGCUGUUGGCAAACAAGGUGAUACUGCGCUGCCUUUCCCCAUCAUCGCCGAUGACAAGAGGGAGCUGUCAGUCCAGUUGGGUAUGCUGGACCCAGAUGAGAAAGACAAAGAUGGCAUGCCCCUCACUGCUCGCUGUGUGUUUGUGAUCGGCCCUGACAAGAAGCUGAAGCUGUCCAUCCUAUACCCUGCAACCACAGGAAGAAACUUUGAUGAGCUGCUCAGAGUUAUUGACUCUCUGCAGCUGACUGCACAGAAGAAGGUUGCCACACCGGUUGACUGGAAGCCCGGUGACAAAGUCAUGGUCAUUCCCUCGCUCUCAGAUGCUGAAGCGGCGUCUCUGUUUCCUAAUGGUGUGACAACUGAAGAAGUGCCUUCUGGAAAGAAAUACCUGCGCUACACCCAGAUCUGAAAGCACAUUACUCUUUGACCUGGAAAUCUUUGGUUAAUAAUUCACAUAAACCGGUGCACUUACCCAGUUAGGUGACUUGUAUUUUCAGUCAUACAACAUUUCCAACAGUGAAGCAGAAAUGCCUUGUUUAUCCCCAAAUAAACACAUUUUUCACAUGUG